CAACAACAGAUCUGGGUCGAAGCACUCCGGUCAGCGUGUCCAAAUCAGCAACAAGCUGAUUAAGCUUGAAAAGGGCGUUCCGCUUCUGACGACACACUGCUGAUUUGAUAAAUCUUACAGCCACCGCGGCAUCAUGGCGUUCAACUUUACCGUCCAACGAUCAAUGGACAAAGCUAUCGAGCUUUGGAGCUCCAUCCCUCAGGCCGGGCACUGGGCCUUGGCUGGUGUUGGAGCCCUCUUCGUCGCCAGAAAAGCUCUGUCAUUCCUCCAGCUUUUGCUGAAUUGCUUCAUCCUUAGCGGCACCAAUCUUCGCAAAUAUGGCAAGAAGGGCACCUGGGCCGUCGUCACGGGCGCAUCGGAUGGUCUUGGCAAGGAGUUUGCCUCGCAAUUGGCCGCUAAGGGUUUCAACCUGGUCCUCGUUUCCCGCACCCAGUCCAAGCUCGACACCCUCGCUCGCGAACUCACGUUGAGAUGGUCCGGUCUGCAGACCAAGACACUCGCGAUGGACUACUCCCAGGACAACGACGCCGACUACGAGCGCCUGGCUCAGCUGCUUUCGGGUCUGGAUGUGGGCAUUCUGAUCAACAACGUCGGGCAGUCGCACAGCAUCCCCGUGCCGUUCCUCGAGACAUCCCGAGACGAGCUCCAGAACAUUGUCACCAUCAACUGCCUCGGCACCCUCAAGACGACUCAGGUUGUUGCGCCCAUUCUGACGAAGCGCAAGAGGGGCCUCAUCCUUACCAUGGGCUCGUUCGCCGGUGCCAUGCCCACUCCAUACCUCGCGACUUACAGCGGCAGCAAGGCCUUCCUGCAGCAUUGGAGCACCUCGCUCGCUUCGGAGCUCCAGCCCCAGGGAGUCGACGUCCACCUUGUCCUCAGCUACCUGGUCACCACGGCCAUGAGCAAGGUCCGUCGCACCAGCCUGCUCAUCCCCGGCCCAAAACAGUUCGUCCGCUCGGCCCUGGGCAAGAUCGGCCUGGGCGGCACCGAGAACUUCCCCAACACUUACACGCCUUGGUGGAGCCACGAUGCGUUCAAGUGGGUGGUUGAGAACACCGUGGGCACGACGAGCGCUGUGACGGUCUGGUUCAACAAGAGGAUGCAUGUUGACAUCCGGAACCGGGCGCUGCGGAAGGCAGCGCGGGAGGCUAAGAAGCAGUGAGCGGGCCGGGUGUAUGGGAAAGUGUAAGCUUUUUGGAGCUGAGGCUGUAUUACCUAAACAAAUGGGAUAGUGAUGGGCAAAGUGAAUGGCUAGGCUGCUGGAGUACCUGAAGUCUAAGUUCUGUGAUGUUACGACUUUGUCUAGAACAGCACGUUCUAGAUUUUGUUCUCUGUUCUCAGUGUGAAACUUCCGGGUGUCUCUUGCAAUCGACGUUGGGUUCUGGACAGGUGACAGGUCUACUAUGAUAGCUCUGGGUGGCGGUGGCAGAAUCAGGUUAGCGCGGCUCCAGUCAAUCCCAGCGCAUUCGCGUGUCGCCCAG